AUGCCGGCCUCUUCCAAGCGUUCGCAGAGGACUCGCCGCGCGCGUGACCCCAGUCCGAAUCCACCUGUCGCAGAGCAGUCCUCGCCUUCGCGACCUGCCAAGCGCAGAAGAAAGGUCGAGGAGCCGCCUUCGGAACCCAUUGAAGACGAGGGCUCCAGCCUGACCAUUGAUCCCUCCGGUCCGGAACCCGCAAGCGACGACGACAGCUUGAUUACCCAAGUCACCCAGCACUUGCGCCACGUGCCCACUGCAGCGAGCGAAAAGCAUGCCAACUCCAUUCACACCUCGGAGGACAUCGAGGCCUACGCCAAGAUCUCUGCCCAAGAUUGGACCUACUAUAUCAAGAACUUGACCAUCAACAUUGGCAGAAACCCAGACAACACUGAGUCCGCCGCCUCUGGUCCCGACGACGAGGAUUACGUCCACAUCAACCUCGGCCCCAACAAAACCUUCUCCCGUCAGACUGCCGUCAUCUACUUUGACUCCAGCUCCGAGAAAUGGUUCAUCCAAGCUCGAGGCCGCAACGGUCUCAAGGUCGAUAAUGAGAUCUUGAGGAAGAGCGGCCCUCCGCACCCCUUGGUCAGCGGCGAGGUCAUUGAGAUCGGUGGCUUGGAGAUGAUGUUUGUCCUGCCCGGAAACUUCAGCCCCCUGCGUAUAAAUCCCAUCUAUCUGCAGCAGGCUGGCUUGAGACCUCCCUCGCGAGAUGCCCGGACCGCCUUACCACCGCACCCUCCUGCAGGCUUGUCAUCUUCGCAAGCUGUCGCAGCGCCUUCUUCCUCCCAUGGCCAGUCGUUCCAGCAGCUCGCUCCAGCGCCUCCCGACUACAAGCGCCCGGGCACUCCGUCGUCGGCUAAGAGCCGUCUCACUCCCGCGCCGGCCAAGACCCCGGCACAGAACUCGGCUGGUACCAUGGUCAUGAGCCAGGGUGAUGUCGAUCUAAGCAGCGAUGAGAACAGACAUAUCAAACCUGCCUUCAGCUAUGCUCAGCUGAUUACCCAGGCAAUCAUGAGUACCACUGACGAGAAGCUGAACCUUUCCAACAUCUAUGGGUAUAUUACGGAUCAUUACGCGUAUUAUAGACACCAACCGCCGAAUGGUUGGCAGGUGAGUUCAGCCAUUGUUAACCACCACCCUUCACUGUGCCAUGCUAACGAUUUGAAGAAUUCGAUCCGACACAACUUGUCGCUGAACAAGGCGUUCAACAAGGCGCCGCGGUCAACAAGUGAGCCUGGCAAGGGAAUGAAGUGGGAGUUCAUGCCUGAAUGUCGCGAGGAUAUGAUCAGAGCCGCUUACAAAGGAGGUCGAGGUGGCCACCGUGGCUCGUCAGCACCAUCAUCCCCAAGUCAAGUCAAUCAGAUGACCUACAUCACGUCAGGACCGAGGGAUAUGGCGAACAAGGAGCCUGGCUCGGCUCGCAAGCGCAAGAUCUCACCGAAAACGUCGCCCGCACCUAGGUCAUCUCUGAAGCAACAUAAGACCCCAGACCGCAGACACCUUUCGACCAGCGCAUCGACUAUCCCGGACGGCAGUCCCAUGCCACGGAGUAGCAAGCGCGCCCAGGCUCAAGGCUCAUUUGAUGGCUCAUUUGAUGCUGAUCUUCCGCGCUCUCCCCCAACCCUCUCGUCUUCUUACCUCCAGGAUGAGGGUGCCUCAUUCGUCACGCCUGCACCUCAUCGCGUCCGCCCCCGACUUGCACCGCCUAGCACUGCACAAAGACCGAGCAUUAACAUGCCUGAAAGCUCACCCGCCCCCUUCUGGAAGUACGCUGACACCUUUAGCACGCCAUUGAGGCGGGAGCAAUACGAUAGUCCACUGAAGCCUAUUAGCCUGAGAUCGCGUUUCCUACCCAAUAGCAGCAGCCCGCCUCGUGCAGCACCCAAUGACGAGUCACCCGUCGGUAGUCCCACCAAGCCAGGCCGGCCUGAGACGCCCGAGAAGACUACUGUUGCUGAAGAGGAGGACGAAGAGGAAGAGGGCGGUUUUGAUCUGACCAAGGGUUUUCCGAGCAUUAGCGGCUACCAUGCCCUCAUCGGUCGUGGUGGCCCGGCACCUCGGGCGAAUGGUGGUCGGGCUUGA